AUGCUAAAACCUCAAUCAGAUUUUUCCAAUACUGAAUUUUAUCAAAACAAUGAUAGAGGGUUUAGUAAACUUAAGGAGGCUGAAAUUGAUGAAUUGUUCAAAGAGUAUGUAGACUUGAAAGCUUCUUUUGCUAGCACAAGUGGUCCUAGUGUUAAUGUUGAAGACCUAUGUUCUGAAUAUGAGGGAGCUAAGGAUGGAGAAGGUGCUGAACCAAGCUCACCACACAACUCUAUUAGAGAGGAAGAGUUUGGUCCAGCACAGAAUCAGGUUGAAGCCGUGAAUAAUCUUUCUAGAGUUGAAGCAGUUAUGUUCUGGAAGAACAACUGUAAUGUCAUAAUUGAUUCCAAAGAAUCCUACAAGAGGGUUGAGGUUUGCCUUGACAGAGCUGGCAUUCAGUCAAGAAAGGAUUCUGAAGAGAAGGAAGAUUCAUCUGUUGCUAUAGGCGAUGGUGAUGAUGAACUGGUUUCUGAGGAGAGGGAAGAAGAGGAGGCUGAGGAAGAUGAAGAAGCUGCUUCAGAGGACCUCGAGGAAGAUGAGGAGGAAGAUGAGACUGAACAUGACUCUGGAGCCUGGGACUCUCAGGCUGGAAAUCGGAGGAAUGUGUUGCCAUUGGGAAUGAACUUAUUGCGUGAAAGGAUAAAGGAAAUGAAGAAAGUAAGAGGAUUUGGGCUUGAAGGCUUAAAGAGACCCUUGAUAGAUCGCGAAGGCUGA